GCGCGUUUCUUCCCCGGGUUGAAUGUUAAAUUGUUUGUCCGUUUCGGGCUGCCGUCCUGCAGAUCCGCCAUAUUGUCUGCUGAAGCUACCGCUGAAGCUGCCGCCGCUGCCGCUGCCGCCGCCAAGUAGGAGCGAGCGGAGCCGCGAUGGAGACCAUGGCGAGCCCAGGGAAAGACAAUUAUCGAAUGAAGAGCUAUAAGAACAAUGCCCUGAACCCUGAGGAAAUGAGACGAAGAAGAGAGGAAGAGGGCAUUCAGCUCCGGAAGCAGAAACGGGAGCAACAACUUUUUAAACGGAGAAAUGUGGAGCUGAUUAAUGAAGAAGCUGCUAUGUUUGACAGUCUCCUCAUGGACUCCUAUGUGAGCUCUACCACUGGGGAGAGUGUGAUCACACGAGAGAUGGUGGAGAUGCUCUUUUCUGAUGAUUCUGACCUGCAGUUAGCAACCACACAGAAAUUCCGGAAACUGCUCUCCAAAGAGCCUAGUCCUCCAAUAGAUGAAGUUAUCAACACUCCAGGAGUUGUGGAUCGAUUUGUCGAGUUUCUGAAGAGGAAUGAGAAUUGUACAUUACAGUUUGAAGCUGCCUGGGCUCUAACGAACAUUGCCUCUGGAACCUCUCAGCAGACGAAGAUUGUCAUUGAAGCAGGGGCAGUCCCCAUUUUUAUAGAGCUGCUUAACUCGGACUUUGAGGAUGUACAGGAACAGGCAGUCUGGGCACUGGGAAACAUAGCUGGAGACAGCUCCGUUUGCCGAGAUUACGUCUUGAACUGUUCCAUCCUUAAUCCUUUGUUAACACUCCUUACUAAGUCCACAAGACUGACAAUGACACGGAAUGCAGUCUGGGCUCUAUCAAACCUCUGCAGAGGAAAGAACCCACCCCCAGAGUUUGCAAAGGUCUCCCCUUGUUUGCCUGUGCUGUCUCGCCUACUCUUCAGCAGUGACUCAGACUUGCUGGCAGAUGCUUGCUGGGCCCUGUCUUACCUGUCUGAUGGCCCCAACGAAAAGAUCCAGGCAGUCAUAGACUCUGGAGUCUGCCGAAGAUUGGUAGAGCUUCUAAUGCACAAUGAUUACAAAGUGGCCUCUCCUGCCCUGAGAGCAGUGGGUAACAUCGUCACUGGGGAUGACAUUCAAACCCAGGUCAUUCUUAACUGUUCAGCCCUCCCUUGCCUCCUCCACUUGCUGAGCAGCCCCAAGGAGUCAAUUCGGAAGGAAGCUUGCUGGACCAUUUCAAAUAUCACUGCUGGCAACAGGGCUCAAAUACAGGCUGUCAUAGACGCAAAUAUCUUCCCUGUAUUGAUCGAAAUCCUUCAGAAAGCUGAGUUCCGUACAAGGAAAGAGGCAGCCUGGGCCAUCACCAAUGCCACAUCAGGAGGAACCCCUGAGCAAAUCAGGUACCUGGUCUCACUUGGCUGCAUCAAACCCCUGUGCGACUUGCUGACUGUGAUGGAUUCAAAGAUUGUGCAGGUGGCCCUCAAUGGGUUAGAGAACAUCCUUCGGCUUGGAGAACAAGAGGGCAAGCGCAGUGGGUCAGGGGUCAACCCCUACUGUGGCCUCAUCGAGGAAGCCUAUGGCUUGGAUAAAAUUGAGUUUCUCCAGAGCCAUGAGAAUCAGGAAAUCUACCAGAAGGCCUUCGACCUCAUUGAGCACUACUUUGGUGUAGAAGAUGAUGAUAGCAGCCUGGCUCCCCAAGUGGAUGAGACACAACAGCAGUUCAUCUUCCAGCAGCCUGAGGCCCCCAUGGAGGGCUUCCAGCUAUAAUGUCUGCCUCCGGGGAGGGGAGGGGAUGGGAAGCACCACCAACCAGCGGAAAAGCAGCCCUCUGGUGGGCGGGAAGCCAGCCCCCCCAUCAUCAGCCACCACACGCCUCUGCUGCCCUGGAAACUGUGCUCUUGACCUGCUCCGCCCCCUUCCCUGGAGGGAGCACCCUCUGGACAGACAGAACCAUCUGAGGCUCACAUUGGGGUUUUGUGACAAGAAGGGGACGUGUUGGGUUUUUCUUCCUCACACUAUAUUUUGGCUGCACAUGUGUCUUUAACCCAGGAGCCCAGGGGUAGACAAAGGAGAACUGAGGUAAUCAAUUUUGCACCUUUUUUAUUUUUAUUUUUAUUUUUUUCUUUAGUGGUGACUUCCUUCCCUUUUAUCUUCCUUCAUCCUUCCCAGUUCUCUGCCCUGAUCUGUGUAACUCUUAUCUUGGGUACUUGAGCAGAUGGAAUAUUCCAGAGGUGGGGGGUGAGGGGUGGGGAGAAAUUCAAAACAAAGUGUUCUUGCUCUGACAGAAUAUUAAUCUUGUAUGCUUGGAUUGAGUUAUUUAAUUUUUUUUCUUUUGCACAUUUUUCUUGUAUUAAGAUUGCUCUUUCCAAGAGCUAUGAGUUCCUGGUUUUAGGAAUCCCAGCUGCCAGCAUGGUCUGGGACUAGAGGCUGGGGGUGGGGGGUCACCAUGAGACAAAGGCCCCUUCCUCCCUCUAACCCCUUCCCAGACCUCUUAAAUUUGGGAGAUCUCCUUCCCUCCAGGGGCAAAGUACACCAGUGGGAGUGGAGGGGAGGAGCAUAGGCCUUCAGAUGGGGCUUCCCAUGUGUCGCUACUGAUCCCAUGUUUCCUACCCACCUUCCAAUGGUGCGACCCAACUUCAUUUGUUUACUUGAAAAUUCCCCUCAGAGUUGAAUGAACCUCUGAGGUAGCUGUAUUUUCUCCUAAGCAUGAGACAGGGGGCUGUAAUCCUUCCUCUCUCCUGAGGAGAAAGUCCUUGCUCUGGUGACCCAUAAGUUGUAGAGGAGGUGGAGUGAGAGUGUCAUUUAUUGGGAUAGCCAGGGAUCCCUGCGUUUGGCCUUUCUUCUUCCUCUUCCUCUUCCAUAGUUGGAUCAUGUAUAUUUUACUUCCAAAGGAGAGAAUGUCAAAAAGUUCUGUAUUUUUUUAUAUUCUAUAUAUUAGGUAGGUCAAUCUUAAUUGGUCUCAAGAGGAAGAACUGUCUGUAAUUUCUGUAAGUAGGAUACUGUGAGGAAGACCAAAAAGAGAUAGGGAAACUCCUUCGCUCAGGGAGCCUGAGCUUGGUUCUUUUCCUCUCUGCUUAGGUUCUGGGCCACCACCUGGGACCAACCCUUAGCUCUGGAACCUUUAUGUAGCAGGUCAGCCUGGUCUGAUUGUCCCCAUACCUAAAGGGAGCGAGGAUGGCCCCAGGGCCCAGUGAAGUCUACCACUCUAGUCCUUAUUGCUAAGCAUCCUGCUUAUAUCAGGAAACCCAGAAAGCAGUCUGCCUUCUCAGAUUAAGUCUCAAAGGGCCUGUCAACAUAAGGUAUCACCUAUGGCUGCCUCUCCAAUUAUCAUAGUAACUUAACAGCCUCAGGACUUUUGUGAGAGUUAUUGGUAUCUUUCCUGUUUGUGAUCCUUGGGUCUGGUUUGGGUUUUUCUCUUCCUUGUGACAGUUAUAAUUCUAAUGCCUUUUCUCUUUGAGUAAAGCUAGUGCGAUGCCUCAGUGGCUUGCCUAUGCUUCAGUGGAUUAUAUAAUAAAGUCCAGUUGUUAGGAAGAGGGGUGGAGAAAGCUGCUGGCUAAGUGUAGACCAACUGUGGAGCUGUGGGCACAAUCUGCUCUGCCCCUGCUUUCCCUCUGUGGUCAGUCAGGUGCCUGCCCUAAGCUGUAGUUUCCCUUCCCAGAGGCAGUGCUACUCUUGCUCCUGUUCCUGCAUAUCCCUUCUGGCUCAGGUUAAAUCCCUACCCCUCUGCUUCUAGAUCUAAAGUUCAGGUGCUCAUUGGUCAUUGGUCUUGACUCUGCCCUCUUGUAGUAUUGAGAUCCAACUCCAGAAUCAUUUGCUGAGGAAGGUGGUUUGGGGCUUGCAGUUAUCCCUGAAGUGUUACACCAGUGCUGUAACCUUGUAAGUCAGAUGCUGUUCUUCAGCUUAGGAAUGAUGACUACCAACCCACAAAUAGGCAAAGGGCAGGACCUCUAUCACUUGGCCCACUGGUUCCAUUACAAAACUUUCCCCCUACAGUUCAAAGAAGAGCCACCUGCCCCACCCCCUUGUCCUUAUCCAAAGGGCAAAGCACUUUAGUAGGACCUAUUUUGUACAUCUCAAGCAAUAGUUGAGUCCCUGUCAGUGGGGCCAGAUUUUUAUUGUGAGACAUACAUACCUUUCUGUUCCUAGCAACUCCUCUAAAAUCUUGCACUUCAGAUCUGGAGCCUGUACCAGAUGGAAGACUUUUUUUUUUUUUUUUUAAUUGUCUCGCUGCUGCUUAGAGCCAGUUUUCUCCAAGGACUCCAAAGGCUGAAGUCUCCCAGGGUGCAACAUGAGGACAGAUUUCUCAUCAGAUAAAGUGGCCUCUAGGAGCCUUCCUUUGUUGGUGUCUUCCUCAGACCAUAUUUUCCCAUUAUAUUCUUGCACUCCCCCUUUCUGUCAGCAGGUGAGGUUCUUCCAAGCCCACAGGGGCAAUAACAUCAUCUUCAGUGUCUCCUCUCCUUUGAUCCUCUUGGAAAACAAAACAGCAUUUCUGUAGCCCAGCCUUGACAACCAGUCUUAGUGGGCAGCCCCCAUCUGGACUUCAGACCCUGGCUUCGAUGAGGUCAAAGGCUGCUUCUGGGAGAUUUCUGAAUGGAUGUUGUAGGGAUGAAGGGGCUCCACAGCCUGUUGUAGGGAGUAGCCUGAAAAGACAUGUUUUUGGAAUCUUCAUAUGUUGGCACAUGGCUGGUAUAUCUAUUUUAAGAUCUCUGCUGGAGGUGGAGUAUCUAGGUGUGGAUUAGGGGAUAAGGAGCCCUUUUCUUAGCUAAAGGGUUCAAAGACUGAACAGUGCCAGCACUUCUUUAUCACCAGCCCCCAUAGUUAAACACCCCUAACACCCCACCACCAUCCCCUGCUGCCAACAUCUUCUCAUAUUAAUAAAGUCUCUGGUCUUCAUAGUCUGCCCUCAAUUCUGAGCUAUCCCCAGGUGACUGCCUGGCCUUGGUAUUGAGUACAAGCUUCUGGUAGAACCCACAUGGGUUCCAUUUGGAGCUGGCCAGCCUGGUUAUUUGGGUCACUGCAUACAAAUGACCUUCUGAGAAGCAGGCAUUGAUGACCUCAGCUUUCGGGGACCCUUGCUGUUUCCUUAUCCCCUUACCUAGAACCCUUAUAUCUACUCCUUCUACUCUUUGCCCUGGAAGCCACUUUCCAAGAGCCCUAUUUUUUUGGAGCUAAACUGCACAGAUUAUAGCUGCUACUGUACUUGGUCAAAGAAGAGCAAAAAGCUCUCAGGCACACUUUCUAUUUCUCUCAAGUCACACUAGUUUAAAAUGAAAACUGUCUAGCAGAAUGAACUGGAUUUCCAUGUUCUCAUGUCUACCUGUUUCCCUCUACACCCUAGAGCCACUUGUUUCUAGCAAACUAGAAGGAAAGGAGAUAAACACCUAACACUACUUCCCUCCUCUUCCCCGAGGCUCACUCAGCUUGGUAUCCAUCAUUUUGGAUUCCUCAGUAAAUUCAUCUGUGAGCCCAGAUUCCGGAUUUUCAGUUGAAGGAGGGAGCUGUAGAGAGAAUGAGCUGGCUAGAGGCCUCCCUGGCAGGCUGAGGAAAGGUGUGAGGCUCAGUAUGUUGAACCAUAGGAAGUGCUCAUAGCUAGUAGCAACGUCUUCCCGGUAAGACUGUCCUAGAAGUGAGCGAGUGUGAGACUGAGAAAUUGCUCAGAGUAGGUUUCUUCCACAGCCGUUUAGGAUUGCACAUUUUAGACCAAUCUUGUCCAGUAUUUCUUGUGUCCUAACUUUUGAAUUCUUUUGUUAAGCCAACAAGCUGAGAAUUUGGCCCUGCGGGGAUCCAAGUGGUAGGCACUAGCUACUCUUUGGCCAAGGCCUUCAUAAAUGAUUCAGUCAAUCCACUGUCUACCCCCUAGCCACACGCCCACUUUAAGACCAUGACAAGGGAAGAAUUUGAAGUCAAUACCAAUCAAGUCUGAACUAAAGCUGUUUUUCCUCUGAGAGGGCAUUUUGCAUCGGGCCUGAGGUAUGUGCAGAACCAAAACUGGGUGUGGGAGGCAACAUUAAAUUUUGGUCCCAGAACACCCAGGAAAAAGAUUUAUGUAGUAUUUCAUAAAGGUCUCCAGUGGAUUUGGGCCUACCUCGCUAUUUUUGGGCCAGUCUGACUGCUGAUGCCCAUGUUAGCACAUACCUGAACCCCUUUCCUAAUGUUAGCCCUGCUACCCUGUGUAGGUUAAAUUUUCAGCUCCUGGGUUUGGGGAGAGAAAACUGCUGUGCCGUGGGGCUGGUGAAGAAAGUCAAAGCUCAGAUCCUGAGACUGGCUGGGAACCUCUUGACUCAUGAUGUCAUUAGAGUCCACCUCUACCAGAACCUUCAGGCUGUGGAGUUAGGUAUUAUCUUUCUUAACUAACUUCUAUGAGAACUGCCUUUGACUGAACCACUAAAGAGCAAAGGAAGGAUGGGGGUCGGGUAUGAGGUCCCAGCCACCUAGGACAGAUGAUGUCCUUCAAAAACAGCUUGGGUUCCCGGCUAAAGACCCUAGAAAGGUGAAUCGAAAUGUUUUCCUCAUUGGUUUAUUCUUUCCAAAUUCAUUUGCUUUUAGUUUUCUAAGAACUAUAAACUCUGGCUGCUUUCCAUGUUCUCAGGGCCCCUGGGUAGACAGACAAAGCUUGAUGAUUUCAGAGCAGACAUAGGCCAAGAAACCGUGGCAUUGAGUGUGCUGAGUCCAGACAAAUGAUAUUUAUAUACACAUCCAAAUUUGAAGAGAAAAUGUAUUUCUUUAGGUUUCAAACACUGUACUAGAUAUAAAGCAAAAAUAAAAACCUGUUGCAAAGUUCUAAA